AUGUUCGACAAUUCACCGUCGUCGUCGUCGUCUUGCUCGUCGGAACCGCCUUCCCGUAGCUCCUGCCGAAGCCCCGACAGCGCGGCGUCGCGCUUGACAGUGAGCUGCAGCUUCGUUCGUGCGGUCCAGCAGAAGUGGCGCAGCUUCACCGCGGCAAUGGCAGUGUCCAUCAUGGAUGACAGGGUGUCCUCGAUAAGCACCGUGUCGGCCGCGUUGGCGUACCGCAGCUCUCGCGCCAUCUGCUCGCCAAGGUACAGCGCAGCGCGGAGGAGCGCCAGGGCGUAG